AUGGCAACUCUACCUCCGGCGCUAUUGGCCAGAUUACAAAAAAGAGGAAUAGUUAAAAACGAUUCCGAAGAAGUUUUCGCAGAAAGUUAUGACAGUACAGAAAAAGAAAAAGUAGCUGCUGAUAGUAGAAGUGGAGCUAUCGGUUGUCCGAAUAAGUAUAAUCCAUUUCACGUUUGUGUUGAAUUUUGCCAUGAUCAUUGGGGGGAUGGUUUACCAGAACAUCGUUUACAAGAAUCAUACAUACGAAAAAAGAGUAGAAUGCUGUCUAAAUAUCCUUUGCCUGAAGGGUGGAUUGAGGUGUAUGACAAUGGAAUAGGGCGUCAUUACUAUUGGAAUCAAGAAACUGAUGAAGUUUCUUGGCUUUCUCCGAGACAUCCAAAGGCUGUGAUCGGCGUUGCGGCACCAAAAAUGGCUAAAAUUAAUUCACAUAGGGAGCGGGCAGAUAAGCUACGUUUUGAUGGAUUUGAUGGAGUAAAUUUACGGCUAAGAGAUAAAGAACUUGAUCGAUACGAGCGUGGUAGAGACAGAGACCAUAAGCGUAGAAGAGAUUUCACUCCUGAACCAGAAGACUCUGACUCGGAAGGAGAAGAUAUUCAGAAACUAGAUGACCGUGACAGAUUAAAAAGAGCCAGAAGAAAAGGAAUUGACCCUAUGGAUCCUGCAGCCUAUGGAGAUGCGGAUGUUGGUUCAUGGUCUGCUGGAUUAAGACAACAUGAUAAUACUGGUGCUGAUGUGACGGCUACUGGACCUUUGUUCCAGCAGCGCCCAUAUCCAGCUCCUGGCUCAAUCGUGAAGAAGAAACCGGAAGACAGCUGA